UGAUUGUGCUGUCUCAGCACUGAGGUGACAAGAGCAGCAGUCGUCCCUUCUAAACUAUGACCUGUCUGUCCUUAGGCCCUUGGACUGGACAGUGCCAAUGAGAAAGGCUUGUACAGAAGGGGGGAAGCCCAGCUGCUCAUGAACGAGUUUGAGUCCGCCAAAGGCGACUUUGAGAAAGUGCUGGCAGUCAAUCCUCAGAACAAGGCCGCCCGGCUGCAGAUCUCCAUGUGCCAGAGGAAGGCGAAGGAGCACAACGAGCGAGACCGCAGGGUGUACGCCAACAUGUUCACCAAGUUCGCCGAGCGGGACGCAAAGGAGGAAGCCAGCAAAGCAGUGAGCAAGAAGGCCGCAGAAGGAGCUGCUGGGAAAGCAUCCGAGAGUCAGGCCAUGGAGGAAGGAAAGGCCAGAGGGCACGUAUGACGUCACGCCAAGGAGGGAAGAGAGUCCUAAUGAACUCGGCCCUCCUCGCUGGGCUCGCCCCCAACUCAGGACUGAACAGCGUUUAGUGUAAGGUUUGUUACAGUCUCUGUGAUUCUGGAAGCAAAUGGCAAUACCAGUAGCUUCCCAAAUAACCACCUGCUGCUGCCGGGGGGUGGGGAGGGGGGGACAUGCCAGGGAAACAGAGCAAAGGAGGCCAUUGGUGUGGAGAGACCAAGCCAGCAGCUCAGUCCAGCCCAUUUCAGUUUGUCACCCUUCAGUGUCCAGCACAGCGUCCCUUGCCAUCCUAGGGCCCAGCUGCUGUGGGUUCUACAUCUGCACUGUGGUCGCACUGCGGAAGCCGUUGAUAAACCAGACUCAGCGGAUCUCUGCUUUCCUAUUGGUGGGCAUGGCAGGGCCGGUGAAGAGAUUUCUUUAGCACUGACUCGCCUGCUAAGAACACAAGCCCACAGCACGGGGCUCCCUGGUCCACAGCUGGGUCUCAGGCCACUUGCCUGCCUUCCAAGUCCCCUCUCAGACUCUCGAGUGUGACCUUCUGUCCUAGCCAGCAUGUCCCACGGACUCUGUCGGUCCUCCAACACCCUCCAUUAGUGACAGCAGGUGGCAGUCUCCCGGGUGGCUCUCUCUAUUUGGGGUGAAUUUCUGAGGUGAGGAGAGCGGUCAGAAGUGGGCUUGUCUUCUUCCUCACUGUUCAUCCCUCUCAAGAAUGAUGUUAGCGCUCAGCCCUCCAUGCUGGCCGCGGCUGCUCAGCCUCGUGUCCCAUUCUCUGCCUGGCUGUGAAGAGCCCAAGGCUUGCUCUUGCCCUAGACCUAGAGUGGACGGACUUCGUAGGACUUCCUCAGCCCCGAUUGCUGAGUUGCUCUUUUUUUAUUAUUGUUGUUAUGGUUACCCACGUGUAAGCGUGCAUACUGCUUUUUGGAAGGAACUUCACACUCCUCUA